ACCUUGUGUUGUCAUCCUCCGAGCGACGGCCGGAGGUGGUGGCGUAGGCCCGGGCGGGGCGUUUGGUUUCGUUUCUGCACCGACUGGAAUUAGUGUCGACGGUCAAAAUGGGAGUCCCCAAGUUUUACCGAUGGAUCUCGGAGCGGUAUCCCUGCCUCAGCGAAGUGGUGAAGGAGCAUCAGAUUCCAGAAUUUGAUAAUUUGUAUCUGGAUAUGAAUGGAAUUAUACAUCAGUGUUCCCAUCCUAAUGAUGACGAUGUUCACUUCAGAAUUUCAGAUGACAAAAUCUUUACUGAUAUUUUUCACUACUUGGAGGUGUUGUUUCGAAUUAUUAAACCUAGGAAAGUGUUCUUUAUGGCUGUUGAUGGUGUGGCUCCUCGAGCAAAAAUGAACCAGCAACGUGGGAGGCGUUUUAGGUCAGCCAAGGAGGCGGAAGAUAAAAUUAAAAAAGCAAUAGAAAAGGGAGAAACACUUCCUACAGAAGCCAGAUUUGAUUCUAACUGUAUUACUCCAGGGACUGAAUUCAUGGCCAGGUUGCAUGAACAUCUGAAGUAUUUUGUAAAUAUGAAAAUUUCCACUGACAAAUCAUGGCAAGGCGUUACCAUCUACUUCUCAGGCCAUGAGACUCCUGGAGAAGGAGAGCAUAAAAUCAUGGAAUUUAUCAGAUCGGAGAAAGCAAAGCCAGAUCAUGAUCCAAACACCAGACAUUGUCUUUAUGGCUUAGAUGCUGACUUGAUCAUGCUUGGAUUAACAAGUCACGAGGCACAUUUUUCUCUCUUAAGAGAAGAGGUUCGGUUUGGUGGAAAAAAAACACAAAGGGUUUGUGCACCAGAAGAAACGACAUUUCACCUCCUACACUUGUCUUUAAUGAGAGAGUAUAUUGAUUAUGAAUUUUCAGCAUUAAAAGAAAAGAUCACAUUUAAGUAUGAUAUUGAAAAAAUUAUAGAUGAUUGGAUUUUGAUGGGAUUUCUUGUUGGCAAUGAUUUUAUCCCUCAUCUACCUCAUUUGCAUAUUAAUCAUGAUGCUCUGCCUCUCCUUUAUGGAACGUACAUUGCCAUCCUGCCCGAACUUGGAGGUUAUAUUAAUGAAAGUGGACAUCUCAACUUACCUCGAUUUGAGAGAUACCUUGUGAAACUGUCAGAUUUUGAUCGAGAGCACUUCAGUGAAGUUUUUGUGGACCUCAAGUGGUUUGAAAGCAAAGUUGGUAACAAGUAUCUCAAUGAAGCAGCAGGUGUGGCAGCUGAAGAAGCCAAGAACUUCAAGGAAAAAAGAAAAUCAAAGGGCCAGGAAAAUUCUUUAAGCUGGGCUGCUUUAGACAAAAGUGAAGGUGAAGGAGUGGCUUCUAAAGAUAAUUUUGAAGAUGAGACUGAAGAUGACGAUCUGUUUGAAACUGAAUUUAGACAAUAUAAAAGAACAUACUAUAUGACGAAGAUGGGGGUUGAUGUAGUAUCUGAUGAGUUUCUGGCUGAUCAAGCUGCUUGUUAUGUUCAGGCUAUACAGUGGAUCUUACACUAUUACUAUCAUGGAGUCCAAUCCUGGAGCUGGUACUAUCCCUAUCAUUAUGCACCCUUCCUGUCCGAUAUCCGAAACAUCAGUACACUUAAAAUCCAUUUUGAACUGGGGAAACCCUUCAAGCCAUUCGAGCAGCUUCUUGCUGUCCUUCCGUCAGCUAGCAAAAAUUUGCUUCCUACAUGCUACCAGCAUUUGAUGACCAGCGAAGACUCACCAAUUAUAGAAUAUUAUCCACCUGAUUUUAAAACUGAUCUAAAUGGGAAACAACAGGAAUGGGAAGCUGUGGUAUUAAUACCCUUUAUUGAUGAGAAGCGAUUGUUGGAAGCCAUGGAAACAUGUAAUCACUCCCUCAAAAAGGAAGAAAGGAAAAGAAACCAACACAGUGAAUGUCUAAUGUGCUGGUAUGAUAAAGACACAGAGUUCACCUACUCCUCUCCAUGGCCAGAAAAGUUCCCUGCCAUAGAACGAUGCUGUACAAGGUACAAAAUAAUAUCAUUAGAUGCUUGGCGUGUAGACAUAAACAAGAACAGAAUAACCAAGGUUGACCAGAAGGCAUUAUAUUUCUGUGGAUUCCCUACUUUGAAACACAUCAAACAUAAAUUUUUUUUGAAGAAAAGUGGUGUUCAAGUAUUCCAGCAGAGUAGUCGUGGUGAGAACAUGAUGUUGGAAAUCUCAGUGAACACAGAACCAGAUGAACUUAGUAUAGAAAACAUAGCAUCAUCAGUCCUUGGAAAGUCGGUCUUUGUUAACUGGCCCCAUCUGGAAGAAGCUAGAGUUGUGGCAGUAUCAGAUGGUGAAACUAAGUUUUACUUGGAAGAACCUCCAGGAACACAGAAAGUUUAUUUGGGGAAAACUGCUCCACCAUCUAAAGUCAUCCAACUUGCAGAUAAAGAACAGUCGAACUGGACUAAAGAAAUACAAGGAAUUUCAGAACAAUACCUAAGGAGAAAGGGAAUAAUAAUAAAUGAAACAUCUGCUGUUGUGUAUGCCCAGUUGCUCACAGGUCGUAAAUAUCAAGUCAAUCAGAAUGGGGAAGUUCAUCUGGAAAAACAGUGGUCAAAACAGAUUCUUCCUUUUGUUUAUCAAACUAUUGUUAAGGACAUCCGAGCUUUUGACUCUCGUUUCUCCAGUAUCAAAACAUUGGGUGAUUUGUUUCCUCUGAGAAGUAUGGUCUUUAUGCUGGGAACUCCUUAUUAUGGCUGCACUGGAGAAGUUCAGGAUUCAGGUGAUGUGAUCACAGAAGGUAGGAUUCGUGUGGUUUUCAGCAUUCCAUGUGAACCAAAUCUUGAUGCUUUGAUACAGAACCAACAUAAAUACUCUAUAAAGUACAACCCGGGAUAUGUGUUGGCCGGUCGCCUUGGAGUGAGUGGAUACCUUGUUUCAAGGUUUACAGGAAGUAUUUUUAUUGGAAGAGGAUCUAGGAGAAACCCUCAUGGAGACCAUAAAGCAAAUGUGGGUUUAAAUCUCAAAUUCAACAAGAAGAAUGAGGAAGUCCCUGGAUACACAAAGAAAGUUGGGAGUGAGUGGAUGUACUCCUCGGCAGCGGAGCAGCUUCUGGCAGAGUACAUAGAAAGAGCGCCAGAACUGUUUAGUUAUAUAGCCAAAAACAGCCAAGAGGAUGUGUUCUAUGAAGAUGACAUCUGGCCCGGAGAAAAUGAGAAUGGUGCUGAGAAAGUUCAAGAAAUUAUUACUUGGCUGAAAGGACAUCCUGUGAGCACACUGUCCCGUUCUUCUUGUGAUUUACACAUUCUGGAUGCAGCCAUUGUUGAAAAAAUAGAGGAAGAAGUUGAGAAGUGCAAGCAAAGAAAGAAUAAUAAAAAAGUACGAGUGACGGUGAAGCCCCAUCUGCUGUACAGACCUUUGGAGCAGCAGCAUGGAGUCAUCCCUGACCGGGACGCGGAGUUCCGUCUGUUUGAUCGUGUUGUAAACGUGAGAGAGAACUUCUCAGUGCCAGUCGGCCUCCGAGGCACCGUCAUUGGAAUUAAAGGAGCUAGUAGAGAAGCUGAUGUCCUAUUUGAAGUAUUAUUUGAUGAGGAAUUUCCUGGAGGCUUAACAAUAAGGUGCUCACCUGGUAGGGGUUACCGACUGCCAACAAGUGCCUUGGUGAACCUUUCUCAUGGGAGUCGAUCUGAAACUGGAAAUCAGAAGUUGACAGCCAUUGUGAAACCACAACCAGCCAUGAAUUACUCCAGCUCAAACUCAUCAGUUUCAUCUGGGCACUUGGGAGGCCUCAACCAUUCUCCCCAGUCACUUUUUGUCCCUACUCAAGUACCUACAAAAGGUGAUGAUGAGUUUUGCAACAUUUGGCAAUCUCUACAGGGAUCUGGAAAAAUUCAACCCCAUCAGCCAACGGUACAAGAAAAGGUUGCAGUUCUACCUCAAGAAAUAAGUCAAGUAACUCAGCCACAUAAAUCCGGCUUUAAUGACAACAGUGUUAAAAUUCAGCAAAGAAAACAUGACCCUCACCGAAAAUUUAAGGAAGAAUAUAAGAGUCCUAAAGCUGAGUGCCAGACACAAAAAUUGCCCAAUAAACAGACUUCUGGAGGGUCUGCCAAAUGUAAUAUUAAACUAUUGAAGAGAAAUGAAAGUCCAGGAGCCUCAGAAGCCCAGAAGGUUGUGACUGGUUACCCAAAUGCUAUUGAUAAGCCUCACUCUGGAAUUGAGAACUUUUUAGCAUCCUUGACUAUCUCUAAAGAAAGUGAAGUACAGUCACCUCAUCACGGAGAGCCUCCAGAUGAGGAGCAUCUGUCCCCACAGUCAUUUGCUAUGAAAGGAACACGGAUGCUUAAAGAAAUUCUAAAAAUCGAUAGCCCUGACACAACCGACAGUAAGAAUGAUGGGAAACAAUUUGAUAGCGAAGUCACUGCUUCUCCCAAUAGAAGAGAUGAGCAUGGACCAUUCUCACAACCCGAGCAAAGUAAGAAGCUGGCAUGCUUUAUGAACAAGCCCCGUGGUACCAAUGAAUACCAAAAUGCUCCAUCUGUGGAGGGUGUGUGUUGGCCUGGCCAUAUCCCUCCUGUAUCCACACCAGUAACUGAACUUGCUCGAAUUUGUUCCCUUGUUGGAAUGCCACAACCAGAUUUUUCUUUUCUGAGAACAACACAGACAAUGACAGUUUGUCAGGUAAAAUUGUCUAAUGGUUUACUGGUCCAUGGGCCACAGUGCCACUCUGAAAGUGAAGCCAAGGAGAGAGCUGCACUUUUUGCUUUACAACAACUGGGCUCCUUUGGUGUGAAUUAUCCUUUGCCUCCACCAAUAUUUCCAAAUUAUCCUCCUUCUGUACCAUCCGGAACCAUUCCUCCCAUUUUUCCUCAACCUACUGCUAAUAUAAUACCUUCACCAUCUCAUAUCUAUGGCUCAGUGCCAUGGAGACCACCAGUGCCAGUUGCUGGGAAGGCCUUCCAUCAUCCUGCAUAUCCUGGAACCAUGCCCUUGGCUGGAGGAAUGCCAAGCGGGGUGCACAAUCAGUUCAUACCUCUGCAGGUUACGAAAAAAAGGGUUGCAAGCAGAAAGAAUUUUGAGACUAAGGAGGCCCAGAGUUCUCAAGCCACACCACUUCAGACUAGCAAGCCAGGGUCUUCUGAAGUCAAAAUAAUUCCACAAGAAAGCCCAUCAGUCUCUUUGAAGUCCUCCCCAGCUGCUCAACCUGUGUCUUCUCAAGUCGACACUGCCUCCCAAGGCCAUGGAGUGACCCACCAGAAACCAGCAUCGAGCUCCUCGAGAAGGAAAUCAAGGAAACUGGCUGUUAAUUUUAGCAUUCCUAAACCUUCUGAAUAAAUUUGAUACCUGGGAAUUAAUUUCUUUUAUUUCCAUCUACCUUUUUUAUAAAUUGAUAUCUAUGUGUCAGAAAUGUACUAUUUUAGAAUAUGUUUAGAUUGAAUAUUUUUUAUUUUUAAGUUAUCAGGCACUUUUCAUGCUAUUUAAGACUAUAUAUCAAAUUGUGCACUUUAAGUAUGUGCAAUUUGUUGUACAUCAGUGAUACCUCAAUAAAGCUGUAAAAAAAUCAAAUUAAAUCUUGUAUUAAAAUAAGUAUCAUACUGGGCAUAGUAGUUCAUGCCUAUAACCCUCAUGCUUGAGAGGCUGAGACAGGAGGAUUGCCAUAUAUUCAAGGUUAGCUAGGGCUACAUAGUGAGUUCCUGGCCAGCCUGAGACAUUGCUUCAAAAACCAAAAAAAUAAAGUAAAUUAUUAGUGGGCUAAAUGUUAAAAUGUACCACUAACCAUUGGCUUCCUCAUUAGAAGCAUCCUUGAAUUAUAAAUUAGUCAUUAUGUUAUCAUAAUAAUAAGCUUUUUUUACACUAUUAUUGAGGGAUAAUUAAAUGCAGCAUGAAUUAGGCCUCAUAAUUUCCUAAAUGUGGGUUUUAUUUCUCUUUAAUGAUGUAGCAACAUGGCUUGGAGAGUGGCCCUUACUCUGUCUUCACAUCAGUCUGUUGCCAGAGUCAGUCCCAGGAUGCUGUGGAGCUAGCGCACUGGCCGUGGCCAUGGCGCCAGCGCACUGGCUGGUGCUGCCAGCGUUGCUGUGUUCUGAACCUUGUUCCAAAGCAGUUUUAGAAGACCCUCCAAAUCAUUUGUCUGACUGCUUUGAACUAGAAAUAGCAAUCUAGAUUUGAGAAAUGACGAUUUUUUUUCUUUAGAUUAUUCAAGAGCCAGCAUUAAGAAUUUCUAAUAAAAUUAAGUUUCAAAAUCUACAGGGUACUGUGAUUACAAAUCAGUCUUCAAAUAGAAUUCAGUACAAAAUGCUAAUCACUUUAUUCUUGCUUAGGCUUCUUGGGUUUUGUUUGUUUUGAGACGGGGGUCUUGCUGUGUAGUCCUGGCUGGCCUAGUGCUCAUGGCAACCCUCCAGUUCUGGGAUCCCCGCCAUGCAUCACCACACCCGCCUGUGUGACGCCUUCUCUGCUUACUUCACAUAUGUGUGGAGUCCAUGUGUAGCGCUUCCUGGGACUGAGACCAUUUUAAACGCUUUUUUAAAACUUUUUUAAAAAUUCCAGUAUGUUUGUGUGUACAUUAUUUCCUGCCUGUCCCGUUCUUGUUGUGCAUUUUAGCACUCGCUGAACUAUUCCGUGAUGUACAUUUGUCUCUGCAUGUCACUCGUGGAUGUCUGUGUUCACACUGUUGAAAUGAUUUGGAUUUUACGAAAACUUCUCAAUGACAUCAGGGCCUGCAUUUAUAUAUGAACAUAUAUUUAUCUUUUAGUUUUGUGAUAUGUUUAUAUUUUUAAGGAGUAAAAUGAUCAUACUUUUUAAAAAGUAAAAACCAGUCUUUAUAUGGAGCUGCUUACUGUUGUUGUAUGUGAUUUCCUUAGCUCAUUGAAAAUGCUGCCAUAAGUCUUAAAAUCGUUUUACUGUUUUUUUUAAAAUGCUUGUAUAAAACUCAAUUCCUUUCUCUGCUGACUUCAGUGUUUCUCUAAAUGAUGGCAGGAUAUAUGUAUGCUAGUAGUGCCUUUAGUAUAAGAGGUAUUUGGUCAUUGUCUUCAUUUUCUAUGGUCAUGUGACUUCCUAGAACUUUGUUUUCUGUUAAUAGAAAGUUCAGCUGUUUGUCAGUGCCCAGCACUUCCUCACAUGCAGUGAGGCACAGGGGUAAGGCUCAGGUCAUUCUCAGUGUUUGUCCUCAGGGCUUCACAAGUUCCAUUUUCAAGGGAAACCUCCAUUGGAAACUCAAGGGGAUGUCCAGUUAUGACACUGUUACAGUUACUCCUUCCCAGAACCUCACCAUUCAUUUCCUCCUGUGUGGUGAUCCCACCAUGGUGUAUGACCAUGUUCCCUGUAGAACACAGAGGAAAGAUUCCUUUUGCAAAACCCCCUGAGAGAUUUUAGUAAACACAGUGUCAUUGAACCUGUGAAGGUAUUUCUCUAAAAGUUUGAGUACAAGCUAGUAAUUCUAUAUGGAGAGCCGGUAAGAUUAUUUGAACUUCCUUUUGAAAAAAAAAGUCUAAGAGUCAAGCUUGUAGAGAAAAUAAAAUAGGAGAGGACUGGAUGUUGGCAGAUAGGGAGUGAUGAGUCUCCCCCCUUAGCCCUAUUCUCAGUGCAGGUCGGAUAUCUAGGAAACGUGCAACCUCUGGAAGAUUUGAGACAUGGCUGUCUUAACAGCUAGAUAGCUAUAAGGACACAGGAUCUGUUGGCAUGUCUGGAGGGAUCUAGCACAUCUUUGAAGGAGCCAUACAGCUCUCCCCUCUGGGAUGGAGCAGUUUGAGACUCUCAAGCUUCUAAAACAAGCUUUGGUGGAAAUGGUGAACUUUGGUCACAAAAGGAAAGACUCCCCCAGACUAUCUGUGUUUUCAUAUAACUAGAAAAGUUAUUUGAUUAAGCCUUCCUCUCCUCACUGGAAACUAUUGCAAAUGUCCUGGCUCAACAAGCCUUUCCUUUUUACGCAAAUGUAGUUAAUUUGAAGAUGGAUCCUUUCCGCCAUUGUUUCUCCUCACAAUUCUGUGCUUUACCUGGUUACUACCUUCGUUUUCAAAUUUGGCAGAUAAAAUGCAUUCAUUGACUUAAACACUUUGUAGACUAAACGCGUAAACAUCUAAACCUCAGUUGUGUCAAAAAAUUAUUUCCACUGAAUCUCAGUUUCAAUUUAAGAUUUUCCUCUUCUGGGAAUGGUACUGCCCAUCUCUAAUGCCAGCACUCUGGCAGCUAUGGCAGAGGACUGGGAAUUCAAGGCAAGCCUAGGCUAUGGAAAUGCUGCCUAGAAAAAAGAUUCGCCUUCAUUUUCAAAGCAGUAAGUAAAGGUGACAGGCUAUUCCCCUCCUUUCCCUAUGAGCACAAUGAAGAGUAUUGAUGUCAAUUUUCCUGGUACUAUUUCCAUGCCUUUGUGUUUGGAAAGUUCUAGAGUCUUGGUUCAUGGGAGAGGAGGCAAGAAGAGGGAGCCUGGAUAAGAUCCAAUAGUAUUUGUAGACUUCAAUGUACUUUUUUAUCUUAAGGAAAUAAGCUAUAGGGUCAUUUUAUUUGCUCCCCCUUUGUGUGGCUAUUCUAUUUGUAUCAGCAAAUAUUUUUUUCGUAGUAGUUAUUUAGUUUCCACCUUACAUGGCAUGACUCCUGGCUCUCCACUGAAGGAAGCUCUCACACACUUCUCUGCUAUGUUACUUUGUGCCAUCUUGCUUCUAGGCUUUUCUUUUACUGUAGAAGAGAAUCUGUUGGAAACUACUGUGAGAGGUAUUCUGUAUCUUAAAAAAAAAAAAAAAAAAAAAAAAAGACUGUCACCAAAAUUAUUAUUUUUUAAGAGGUAGUGCCAGGAAUCAAACUGCAGCUUUCUGUGUGCAUUUAUGUUUGUUUCUUCAACGAAGUAGUCUCUUUUGCAGGCACUCCCUUUGCUAGCAAAAAAUAAAGCUUAAGUUUUGGAUGUUUUUUAGACUGAAAAUUUGUAUUCCCAUUAGACAUCCUAGUUUUCUGCCAGGUACAGUGAGUCAGCUAUGGAGGGAUAGCAGCUUUCAGGUAACCGGGAAGAGCAGACAAGCAGGCCUGAGUUUUACAUCACAUGCUGAGUUAGAUGGUACUGGUCCUUCUUCUUGAAAGAGAGGGCAGGAGGAAAAGAGUUCAAGUGUCAAGAAUGUUGAGAAUCCGUGUGUCCGUGGGCAAAAUCUCCCUGCUUUUCAGUGAUGGGUCUCAGGUGCAGCUGCUUUCUAAUAGACUGCACUCUGACAUAGUGAAACCUGUAAAGUUAAUUUUUCUGCCAUGUGGCCCAUUACUGCCGAUUUUUGCAGCAGGUGAUGCUCCGUGUAGCUGCUUAGGGAUUAGAAACCAAGCUCUCUGUUUCAAAAUGAUAGGAGUGAGAAUCUGCUUCAUGGCUUGCUUUAAGUGCUCCCUCUGGUUCAGUCGCUCCUCCUCCCUCCACUCCAUUCCUGUACCCUCCUCCCUUUUGCUACAUAGCUCUUUCAGUCCUCCUCUCUCCACCUCCUAAAUUCUGAAGUUACAAAGUAUGGCUCCAUGACCAGUGUGCUUUACGCUCUAUUAAUCCUGCCUUUCCUUUACAGUACACACAUAUAUGUGUAUUUGUUUUGUGUUUCAACACAGGAAUUCUCUGUAUAGCCAUGGCUAUCCUGGAACUCACUCUGUAGAUCAGGUUGGCCUCAAACUCAGAGAGAUCCUCCUGCCUCUGCCUCCUGAGUGCUGGGAUUAAAGGUGUGCACCAUCAACACACGGCUGGAUUUUAUUUUUUAACUUGGGGUUGGGGGGAAUUCAAGUAUCUUAUAUUUCUUUUUUUCUAAACAAAUUACUUUGACUAUUUUCAUUUUGCAUUUGAGCAAUCGGAAUGCUGUGUAUCAAAGUGUUUCCUCAUUUAAACAGUGUGAUCUCAUACACAUCUAUCUCCCUUGAUUUCUUUCCUUAUGUAACUAUUUUGUAAGUAACUGGAGUUUUUCAUUAGAUCUUAGGCAAAGCAGUAUUUUAUUAAAAAUUACAAAGGGAAGACUUCUUUGUGCUCAUUUUGUAAUUUUUAUUUUAACUAUCAUUACAUUGUAUGUCAAUUAUAUUUGAAGUAUUUUAAGCUUCCAUGGAAUGGACUCCAAAUGUAUUUUUAUGUUGUACAUUUGUAAAUUCAUAGCACGGAGUUAGCCUCAAAGUGUUGUGCAAAGGGAUUUCUACAUACAAAAGUCACUGGCGGUCUGAACAUGUGUGUGCGCUCAAUGCGCUGUGGUUUGGAUUAAAGACUGAAUGAUGGCAAA